ACUUCUUUAUUCAAAACAAGACGACUCAGCACCACUUUCUACAAACACAAUCAUCUCGCCAGCUCCUCAGCUACGACAACUCUUCAACCAUCAACAUGCUUCACCACCAGCCCCAGAUUCUCUCUCCUCUCCCAGAGAUGAACUCCCAGUCCCCUACCGAUUCUUCCAACCUUCGUGCUCGCAAGAUGUCGGCCGGUGGAAACAGGUCCUGGUCUGAAGAAGAGGAAAACUACCUUCUCCAAACCCGCAUGCAAAAGAUGCCUUACAAGCACAUUGCCGCACACCUCAAGAAGACUGAGCUCGCCUGCCGCCUCCACUACCACCAGCUCUCUCACGGUAGCCACCGCCGCAAGCGCAACAACUCUGUCUCCUCAACCACUUCGUGCAGCUCCGCCGGCACUUCUGCUGCCUAUGGCAUGGUCGCCGAACAGGAUGCCUACUCCCAGUCGUCUCGUCACAGUUCGCCUAUGAGCUACACAGGCAGCCCUCAUGUCCGUGCUGGCUCGGUAUCCAACUCUCCCGGCCGUUCGCAGCACAAGAUUCUCCUCCCCAAGCCUCGCACUCUUACCCCCUGUGGCUCGCCCGAGCCAUACAACGGUCUCCGCAUUAACACCGAGGUUGCCCACCAGCCAAAGGUUGUCGAUACCGAUCGCCUUCGCUCCAUCUACGAGUCUCGCCGCCAGCAAUUCUGGGCUACUGUCGCUGCUGAUUACGGUGCGGAUGUUUCCCCUGCCCAGCUCGAGGAGAUCUGGCGCAGCGGCUCCAACGCCGUUCGCCCUCCUACGCCUGAUGCCUCACCUGACGGUACCAUCAUGCACAACCCCGUCUUCAAGCCUGCUCCUUUCCAGUCCUAUGCCUCCCCUGCCCAGAGCGAGCCAGCCAAGCACUACAGCCCCAUGAGCCAAAACAACGCUAGCGCUAUCUCUGUUCCGGAGCGCAUGCCAUAUGUUCUCCCCAUGCCAGUCCCCUCUUCUGGUCGCCCAAGGUCUUGGAGCUCUGCCCCAAGGGAUAACAUGCCCAUUGCUAGCCUGCUCAACGACGACAGGAACUAGAUUGGUUUACUGCCUCUACGCUUCUGUACACGAUAAUAAAACACAUGUUUGGCAUUUAGGCACAUUGGGAAUAUGCAUACUAUGGGUUAGCACGGCUUUCAUUUCUUUACUUUCAUUAAUUCUCCAUUCAAUCAAUGCGUUCUUUUUUU